AAUACAAAUUCGAGAAAACACAGUGGAUUCGAGAAUUGUGUCCUGCAUUUUCAAGUGCUCAUUAACAUACUUGUUGGUCCUUAGUAGGCGUUCACUUCGCUUCCGCUAUGACAACCUAAUUUACGUGGUUGUCUAUUAUAGUUAUUCAUAUCUUAUGCAACAGAGCCGUUCAGUUGUCAUUCUGAUUCUGUGGUUUGUGACGCCUUACGAGAUUUUCGGGACCAAGUGAAACGUCUCACGUGCUUUUGUCACAUUGAAAAUAAUUAGACGUAACAUCAAAACAUCGCGACGUUGUAGACUAGAGUUAUGAUGGAGGCACACGCCCUGUCCCGCGAAGACGAUUUGCUGGAGAGAACACCGCUUCUCUCCCACGACCUUCCUCCAAGCUACAGCCAGCACAACGGCUCGCAUCCCCGGCAGUAUGGCGCUAAGGUACGGGACAACAGUCCGACACGGGAGCCGUGGAACAACAACAGUGUGCCUGUCUGCAUCACGUUCUGUAUCUUCAUGGUGGAAGUGUGCGAGCGGAUCGCGUAUUACUCCAUCGUGUCGAACCUCGUGUUGUACUGCACCAGAGACCUGCAUUACACAAGUACAGAAGCGGUGAUCAUCAGCCUGGUGUUCAGCGGGUCGGGCUGCCUGCUGCCGCCGCUAGGGGGCUUCCUGGCCGACACGUGCGCAGGGCGGUACCUCACCAUCGUGGGGAGCGGGCUGCUGAUGGCGUCUGGUAAGGUCGAAGUUGACAAGAAGUGA